AUGGAGCGCCUACCACCCAUAGACUCACGUGUAGAGACGCUGCGACUGCUGUACGGCUCCCUCGUGCGGCUGUGCCUCCACACAUUUGCGAGUUACGCCGGCCGCAGUCUUCUCGCCCGGUGCCUGCAGCGCGGCGGGCCGGCGACGUGGGGGCGACAGGCGCUGCCGUACGCAGCGGCCCUCGGGGCGGAAGUUCUCCUCUCGGCGCUCGUCUGCCCGCGUCAGUACCUCGCCGCCGUCACGACCCCGCGUUUUCUGCUCGACUACGUCCUCACCGGGUGGUCCGACGUGCUGCGACGACUCGAUGGAUUCGCCCCAGGGAAGUUCGCCGCCUACGCCUUGCAGGCCUUCGCCUCAGACGCCGAGUGGAACUUUGGAUUCUUUACUUGGCAACUACCAUCCGUCGCCCUCACGCUGGCAAAGCUCUGCUGGCGGCGCCGCACACUAGGCCCCACACGCACACGUACCCUGCGGGUGCUUAUGAUGCUCCCCGUUCAAGUCAUGCUGAGGGCGUACGUGGCUACUUUCUCUGUGAUGAUCCCAGAGAGCGUCGGAGAAGUUACGGAGUCUAUUGUAUCAGCGGUGCUUGAGGGUAUGGUUACCUCCUAUCUCGCACGACAUACGUGGCCGUUAGCAGACUUGACGGAUUCACCGCAAACAAGUAGUACAGACAAUUCUGAUGGCCGUGACACAGGCAGCGAAGAUUCACCGCAGAAACGCGAAGUCACCUCAUAA